AUGGAACUUUCUUCGGGACCACAGAAUUUAAAUCCAACAAUAUAUGAACGUACUGAAGAACGAAUUAUACAAGAAUCAGAUUAUGAUAAUGAUGUACGAGAUGAAAUUGAUCGUCGUGAAAUAUUCGAUCUUAUUCGAACAAUUAAUGAUCCUGAACAUCCACUUACAUUAGAAGAACUUCAUGUUGUUGAUUUAGAUGGAAUUACAAUUGAUAAUCAAGCUAAUACAGUGCAAGUACAAUUUCGGCCUACUAUUCCACAUUGUUCGAUGGCAACAUUAAUUGGUUUGAGUAUUCGAGCAAAAUUACUUUAUACACUUCCUACUCGUUAUAAAGUUGGUGUUAAUAUAUUGGAAGGUGCUCAUAUACAAGAAAAUCAAAUAAAUAAACAAUUAAAUGAUAAAGAACGUGUUACUGCUGCACUUGAAAAUCAACAUCUUCGUGCAGUUGUUAAUCGAUAUCAAAAGAAAAGAAUGACAAUAAUAGUACCAAAAAAUAUUUCAUCAUUAAUAUGUGCUGGUCGUGUCUAUGGAUCUCAUACAGCUGGUGUUGAUCCAAAUCAAGCACGUAUGAGAAAACAAGAACAUGAAGAAAAAUAUCAUUAG